GCGCCGCCGGGCGCGGAGGCGGAACUCAAGGCGCUGACCCACGCCGUGCUCAAGCGGCUCAAGGAGCGGCAGCUCGAGGGGCUGCUGCGCGCCGUGGAGUCGCGCGGCGCGGCGCGCACGCCCUGCCUGCUGCUGCCCGCCAAGGCGGCCGGCGCGCGCCUCGGCGCCCACUGGUACCCGCUGCCGCUGCUGCUCUGCAAGGUGUUCCGCUGGCCCGACCUGCGGCCCGGCGCCGAGCUCAAGCGCCUCUGCGCCUGCGACUCCUAUGGCAAGGCGCACCCGGAGCUGCUCUGCUGCAACCCGCACCACCUCAGCCGGCUCUGCGAGCUAGAGUCUCCCCCUCCACCCUACUCCAGAUAUCCAAUGGAUUUUCUCAAACCAACGGAUUGUCCAGACUCUGUGCCUUCCUCCACUGAAACAGGGGGAACUAAUUGUCUAGCCCCUGGGGGGCUUUCAGAUUCCCAAGUUCUUCAGGAGCCGGGGGAUCGGUCGCACUGGUGCGUGGUGGCAUACUGGGAAGAGAAGACGCGCGUGGGUCGGCUGUAUUCUGUCCAAGAGCCCUCCCUGGAUAUCUUCUAUGAUCUACCUCAGGGGAACGGUUUCUGCCUCGGCCAGCUCAAUUCGGACAACAAGAGCCAGCUGGUGCAGAAGGUGCGCAGCAAAAUCGGAUACGGUAUCCAGCUCACCAAGGAAGUGGACGGCGUGUGGGUCUACAACCGCAGCAGUUACCCCAUCUUCAUCAAGUCGGCCACACUGGACAACCCCGACUCGCGGACGUUGCUGGUUCACAAAGUGUUCCCAGGGUUUUCCAUCAAGGCGUUCGACUACGAGAAGGCCUACAGCCUGCAGCGGCCCAACGACCACGAGUUCAUGCAGCAGCCAUGGACCGGCUUCACCGUGCAGAUCAGCUUCGUGAAAGGCUGGGGCCAGUGCUACACGAGACAGUUCAUCAGCAGUUGCCCGUGCUGGUUGGAGGUUAUUUUUAAUAACCGGUGACUCGAGACAGUGGACUCAUGACAUCUAUACUACUUUGCUGCUAUUAUUUCCUUCUGAGUGCUUGCUUUUCAUGCAAACUUUUUUGUUGUUGUUGUUGUUGAUGUUGUUUCUCU